AUGGAUCGGCAGUCAGUAUUUACCAGUCGCCUUUACGGUACCCAAGCCGAAAGUGAAAACUCCAACACACACGUCCGGGGCCUGCUCGAGUCCUUCAUCCUUGAUUUCCGGCUCGAUAACAUCUUCAUCUACAGAGACCAACUACGCGAAAAUGCACUGCUCAAGAAAUACUACUGCGACGUCAACAUUGGAGACCUGAUCAAGUUCAACGAAGAGAUCGCCCACAGAUUAGUGACAGAACCCGCAGAAAUCAUCCCACUAUUCGAAGCAGCCUUGAAGCGGUGUACGCACAGAAUCGUUCACCCCCACGAGCCCAACGUCAAACUCCCCGAACACCAGCUCCUCCUCCACUCCAGCGCCGAAGAUGUAUCGAUCCGCAACUUGGACUCUCUCACCAUAUCGAGACUAGUUAGGGUACCUGGUAUUGUUAUCGGCGCCUCGGUCAUGUCGUCCAAGGCGACCGAAAUCCAUAUUCAAUGCCGCACCUGCGACCACGCCCAAGAUAUCGCUGUUCUCGGAGGAUUCAGUGGCGUGACCCUCCCGAGGCAGUGCGGAAGGAACCGGGCUCCUGGUGAUCCGACAGAAAAGUGCCCUCUCGACCCCUAUUUCGUCGUGCACGAGCAAUCGAAAUUUGUCGACCAACAAAUCAUCAAACUUCAGGAGGCGCCCGAUCAGGUGCCAGUGGGAGAGUUGCCGCGCCAUGUCCUCAUAUCCGCCGACCGCUACCUUACAAACCGGGUAGUGCCUGGGUCUAGGUGCAUUGUCAUGGGCAUCUUCUCCAUCUACCAGAGCAAGGGGUCCAAGAACUCGAGUGGUGCUGUCGCUAUCCGCACGCCCUACUUACGUGCGACUGGCAUCCAAACUGAUCUCGACCAGACCGCCAAGGGGCAAGCCGUCUUUUCGGAAGAGGAGGAGCAAGAGUUCCUAGAGCUCAGCCGACGGCCCGACCUCUACAACAUCAUGACUGACUGCAUCGCGCCGUCCAUCUACGGCAACCGAGACAUCAAAAAGGCCAUUCUCUGUCUCCUCAUGGGCGGCUCCAAGAAGAUCCUUCCUGACGGGAUGAAACUACGUGGUGACAUCAACGUCCUCAUGCUUGGUGACCCUGGUACAGCCAAAUCCCAACUGCUCAAGUUCGUCGAGAAGGUGGCCCCUAUCGCCAUCUACACUUCCGGCAAGGGCUCCUCCGCCGCCGGUUUGACAGCUUCCGUCCAGCGAGACCAAUCAACCCGCGAAUUCUACCUCGAAGGUGGUGCCAUGGUGCUCGCGGACGGCGGCGUGGUGUGCAUCGACGAGUUCGACAAGAUGCGUGACGAGGAUCGGGUAGCGAUCCACGAAGCCAUGGAGCAGCAGACGAUUUCCAUCGCCAAAGCAGGCAUUACUACUAUUCUGAACGCACGAACAUCGGUACUCGCCGCCGCCAACCCCAUCUUCGGGCGGUACGAUGAUAUGAAGACGCCCGGAGAAAACAUCGAUUUUCAGACCACCAUCCUUUCCCGUUUCGACAUGAUCUUCAUCGUCAAGGACGAGCACGAGCGCGGUAAAGACGAACGCAUCGCCAAGCACGUCAUGGGCAUCCACAUGGGCGGGCGCGGCGUAGAAGAGCGCAUCGAGUCCGAGAUCCCCGUCGAGAAGAUGCGCCGCUACAUCAGUUACUGCAGAUCACGCUGCGCCCCCCGCCUCUCGGACGCAGCAGCCGAGAAACUCUCAUCCCACUUCGUCGCCAUUCGCAAGCAAGUACACGCAGCCGAGCUCGAGGCCAACACACGGUCGUCGAUCCCCAUCACAGUCCGGCAGCUGGAAGCCAUCGUGCGCAUCACCGAGUCGCUCGCCAAGCUGGCGCUCUCGCCCGUGGCCACCGAGGAGCACGUCGACGAGGCGAUCCGGCUGUUCCUCUGCUCGACCAUGGACGCCGUCAACCAGGGCAGCAACCAGGGCAGCCGCGAGCUGAACGAGGAGGUGACGCGCGUCGAGGCCGAGCUGAAAAGGCGCCUGCCCAUCGGCUGGAGCACCAGUCUGGCGACCCUGCGCCGCGAGAUGGUCGAGGGCAAGGGGUUCAGCGAGGCGGCGCUGAAUCGGGCGCUGAUGUUUUUGCAGAGGAGGGAUACCAUCAUGUUUAGGAACCAGGGGGCGCAGGUUUACAGGAAUGGCGCGUAG